AUUGGAUCGUCUGGCUGGACAGCGGGCAUCGGGUCACCAGGCAUCAGACAUUGGAUCGUCUGGCUGGACAGCGGGCAUCGAGUCACCAGGCAUCAGAGAGGCAUCAGGCUGAAGAGAGGCAUCAGGCUGGGUACAGACCUCAGGCUGAAGUGCGGGUGCCGAGGCACCAGGCUGAACCAUGGAAGGCAGGUUCUCAGACGGCAAGCUCACCGGUUUGGAUACUGGCAGGAUGGUAUUGGUUGGAAAGAAUUUUCGCUUUUUUCUGGUUUUAACUACUGGAGCACUGUAAGUAAGUGCAGGUCUGCAAACGAAUGGAGCAGCUGGAGACAGAGAAGAGCUGGAGGAUGGAACAGAGGAGGGAACAGUUGCUACAGAGGGCUUUUUUACAGGGUUAAGGGCAGGAUAGGUGCAGCGAGUGGGAACAGAGUACUGACAUGCGGUAGAUAGCAGGGCA